ACUGCCUAUCAGUAAGAGGCAUUCCGAUAACAUUGUGGCAACAUUUCUCUUCAAGAGAAACAGGACCGAUCACGUCGUUCUUAAAGUGCCAUCACACUUGGUAGAUGGUGACCACGCUUCAGGGAGUUAGAAGCAAUUCUUCUUCUGCUGAGAUCUGAGGAUGGAAGGUGUUCACCACUUUGUGCUAUUACUGCUUGUGAUUCAUGACUCGGCGAAAGGUGAGUUCCUUGUCGUUGGACCUGCUCAGCCUGUGGAAGCCACAGUGGGUGAAGAUGCUCUGUUGGAAUGCCACCUUGUGCCAGAUUUAUCUGCCAGCAAUAUGUUAGUGCAGUGGUUUAUAUCAGGUCUAGAAUCCCCAGUUCACAUAUACAGACAUGGUGAAGAUGAUGCUGCUGCUCAGCACAGGAAUUACAGGGGAAGGACAGAACUAUUGAAAAACAAACUGACCCAAGGAGCCAUUUCUCUUCGAAUAAAGAACAUAACAGUUUUUGAUAGUGGAGAAUACAGAUGUUUAAUUGAUGAUGGAAACUAUUCUGAAGAAACUGCAGUCAAAUUGAAUGUCAUAGGUUUGGGUCAUCAGCCCUGGAUUCAGCUGAAGGGAUAUCAUGAAAAUGGAAUCCAGCUUGUGUGUAAAUCCAGUGGAUGGUUCUCUCAGCCGGAAAUCCAGUGGAUCAAUGAAGAUGGACUUGCCUUGUCACAAGCUGAACUAAGUAACGAUAUAGACUCUAAUGGUCUUGUAAAUGUCCAGAGCAUCAUCAUUGUUACAAAACAAUUGACAAACAAGUUCACAUGUCUGAUAAAGAAUGACCAUUUGGGAAUUACACGAACAACAACAAUCAGGAUAUCAGACGAUAUCUUCCCUGGUGUCCCUGAUUGGCUGGCACCAUUACUCACGACCCUCUGUUGUGUGAUUGCUGGCAUCGCUGCUCUGCUUUAUUGGAGUGUGAAACACCAUAGACAGAUUAAAGAACUAGAACUUCAGAAAUCUUUCGUAGAAUGUGAGUGGAAGCGAAUUUGUGACUGUGAAGUCUCUGUUACCCUGGAUUUGGAAACAGUAAGUUCCUGGCUUGAGGUGUCGAAGGAUCUGAAGAGUAUGAAACGGACCUGGACCUGGAGGAGUCUCCCUGACACUGGGAAGAGGUUUUCAAACUGGGACUGUGCCCUUGGAUCAGAGGGAUUCACAUCGGGGAGACAUUACUGGGAGGUGGAGGUGCUGGGGAAUCAGCGCUGGAUUCUGGGAGUAGCCUCAGAGUCUGUACAGAGGAAGGAUUGGGUCAGACUGAUCCCAGAUAAUAGAUUCUGGACCAUUGAGCGGUUUAGGGAGAAUUUUGAUGUAAACUCAAUCCCUCAAACUCCACUCUGUGUCGAUCAGGUCCCUGGGAAGGUGGGAAUUUAUCUCAGUUAUGAGUCUGGGACAAUUUCAUUUUACAACGCAGACACCAAGUCUCAUCUCCACACCUUCGCUGGGAAUAAAUUCACUGAGAAACUUUAUCCUUUCUUUCAAACAUUUGAUGUGAACCAAUUUCUGAAAAUCUGCUCCACCUCAGAUCGGGAUCUGGGAAAGGGGUAGGCCUCAGAGUCUCCUUCACCUCACAAUGACCUGACGCUGGGAUGGGAGGAAAUUAGGAAAAAAACAAAGAACUGUAGAUGGUGGAAGUCAGAAACCACUAUUGACAACAGAUUAUCACUAAAUCAUAGAAUGAUUGCAAUGCAAAAAUGUCUACAAAAUCAUGAGGGGUAUAGACAGGGUGGAUAGCAAAAAGCUUUUUCCCAGAGUUGGGGUCUCAAUUACUAGGGGUCAUGAGUUCAAAGUGAGAGGAGGAAAGUUUAAGGGAGAUAUGCGUGGAAAGUUCUUUACAUAGAGGGUGGUGGGCGCCUGGAACGCGUUGCCAGCGGAGGUGGUAGACGCAGACACGAUAGCACCUUUUAAGAUAUAUUUGGACAGGUACAUGGAUGGGCAGGGAGCAAAUGGACACAGGCCGUUAGAAAAUAGAUGUCAGGUUAGACAGAGGAUCUUGAUCAGCGCAGGCUUGGAGGGCCGAAGGGCCUGUUCCUGUGUUUUAGGUUUCUUCGUUUGUUUGUUUGCAGAAACAGCCCAUUCAAGUCUGUGCUUGCCAUCUGCAGAGGUCCGGGCACAGUCCCCUACCCUAUCCCCAUAUUUACCAUGGCUAAUCCAUCUAGCCUGGACAUACCUAGUCACUACAAAUUUGGCCACCAAAUUUGCACAAUUCUGGACUGUGGGAGGAAACCCAUACAAACACAGGGAAAAUGUGCAAACUCCACUCAGGCAGCCAGCCAAGGCUGGGACUGAACCCACCAACUCUGGCACUGCGCGGCAGCAGAGCUGCCAGCGAGCUUCCAGAUAAUAGUUUGUAAAAUGCAAAAACCAAGGUCAACGGAUUACAAUGAAAAUUACAUUAAGUAUCUUACAUCUCCCUUUAGUUUAUUUAUUCCACCUUCAUUCAUCCGCCCCGCCCCAGUCCCAUUCUUUAUCCCUUCACAUCUUGUCCAGUCUGGAGCUGGGAUUUCUCUGUGUUUCCAUUUCUCACUCUGCACCCAGAACAUGAAAUCCUGAGGGGCAAAUCCAAACACUGACAUGGUGACAGAACUGUAUUUACAUAUUAUACUGUAUUGAGCUCCUUGCAUCAUGGGGAAGGGAAUUACACAAAAUCCACUCUCUCCCAGCAUCCCCAGAAUUCAACUCCAUUAACUCCAGUUUUCUGCGUGGAUGCUGCCUGACCUGCUGAGGAUUUAGAGACUUUACUUUCCACAAUUUUUUCAAUGAAGAGUAAAAUGUAAACAUGUUCAAAACAACAGUUAAUCUCUGAAAAUGUCCUCUUUUUCUGUCUCUGCCUGGCAGGACACGGUACUGUGGCCCAAAAUCAUUUAGUGACAUUCAAAUCCAACAGAUGACACUGUUACACAAUCAAAUUCUGGGGAUACUGGAAACCAGAAAUAAAACCAGAAAAUGCUGAAAAUACUCAGCAGGCCAAGCAGCAUCUGUGGACAGAGUCAAUGGAAUUAAAUAUUGGGGAUGCUGGAAAUCAGAAAAGUCAUGUUUCGAGUCCAGUGACCCUCGUUCAGAACCAAAAGUCUUCAAUCAGAUUGUGGGAAUGUAAGAGUUGAGUUCCAAAUAUUCAACUUUGCUGCUCCUCUGAUGCAGCCUGGCCUGCUGAGCCCCUCCAGCUCCACACUGUGCUGUCACAGAAAUAUUUGAACUGUAUUAUCAUUCAAUAACGGUAAAUAAGCUGACUUGUGAGUUGCAAAUUGUUUGGAAGAUGUUUUAAAAGUUGUUUAUUGACUAGUGUACCACUGGGCUGUGAGCACUGGAUCCAGGUCGAUGGUUACCGUAAAAAUGGAAUUCGGCUUCUUUGUGAAUCAAUGGAUGGUUCCCACAGCCCCAGAUAUCAUUGACUGGUGGAAAUGGACAGAACCUAACAGCACAGCCUGAAAUAAACUAUCGAUGUGACUCGAAAGGUCUUGUAAAUGUCCACAGC